UUCGCAGACUGGAGGAUUGCUGCAGGAGGAUGGGCACUGGGGAUUAUGUGUGCGUAACGCUGCGCGGUGGCGCGCCAUGGGGCUUCAGACUCCGCCAGAGCGCUCAGGAGCCUCUACAUCUUCUUCAGGUGUUUGAGAUAGAGGAUGGUAGUCCUGCUGCCCAGGCUGGUUUGUGUGAGAAUGAUGAGUUGGUGUCAGUGAAUGGGAAGCCGUGCUCAAACUUCAGUCUCUCAGAGGUUAUUGAUCUCAUUGAGGCCUCCACUGACUGUCUACUGCUGCUUGUCAAAAGAUGCUGUAGCCAGCCUCAAAAGAGCCUUGAAUUAGUUAGUACCACUCUAAAGAUCCCAACUCCAUCCAGCCUCCGUAACCCACAGGAAAUUGACAUUUCUGAAUCCCAGGAUGAAGCAUAUUUUGGGGAAACAGACAGUGAUGCCGAAUGUCCUGGGAGGUCUCAAUUGGUCCGGAUGCAAAUUCAGGUACCAGCUUCUAGGAAUAAAAGCAGACAAAACACCUCUUCCCAGGGAGAUGGAGACACCAGGUUAGAGGUAACCCCAGGAUCUGUGGUGGAAUUACAGCUAUCGCUUUCCAAAACCACCCUGGAAGAACCAGAGUGCACUUUAUUAGGCAGUGCUUGUGGAGUUGUCGGAGAAGCCCAUCAAAGAAAGACGAGUAAGGAAUUCAACUUUACCACUACUGCAUUUUCUCCAGGUUGCCCUGUCUACAUUCCCAGACAAGACCGGAAACCUCUUGGUCAACGGGGUGUUUUGGUUAGCAAACCCUCUGCUUUGCAGAGACAGGUGGAGGUGACCGUUCUGCAAUUAUCUGGAAGUAGUUCAGGAAAGGAGGGGGUGCAGGCCAGUGACCGGUUAGAUUCUGCUGGAGAAGAAGGAGGGCACUUUGAAGAAGCUCCCACCUCCUCUUCUGUGUCUUUUGGACUUCCCUCAGAGGAGUGGGACUCCGAAUCGGAGAGGGAAGUCAACAAGCCCAACAAGCACCGGGCAAGGCACGCCAGGCUCCGGCGGAGUGAGAGCCUUUCAGAGAAGCAGGUGAAGGAGGCCAAAUCUAAGUGCAAGCGAAUUGCUCUCCUGCUCUCUGCACCUGCCCCCAAUCCCAAUAACAAGGGGGUGUUGAUGUUCAAGAAGCAUAGACAGAGAGCCAAGAAGUAUACACUUGUAAGCUACGGUACUGGUGAGGACGAGCCAGAUUACAAGGACGAAGACGACGACGAAAAGGACAACAAGGAGAAGCACGCUGUUGAGUUCACUGUUCUAGCCACCAGCGAAACAGAAAUUGAUGAGGACUUCUUCACCAAUGCCUCUGGCCAGAAAAGCAUUGUGACUUUUGACUGGGACACUGGAUUACUUGAGAUAGAACGCAAUCUUGACAACCAGCAAGAUAUGGAAGAACUACCUGAUACCAAGGGCAAAGGAGCCCUCAUGUUUGCUCAGCGCCGACAGCGCAUGGACGAGAUAGUAGCUGAACAUGAGGAGUUGAGACGAAAGGGGAUACCUGUUGAAGGAUUAAAGGAGACUGAGACACAUCAGACAUACCAAAACACAGAGGAUCGCGGUUAUAUGCAUGCACAAGAGACCCAGAAUUACAUGGAUGUAAAUGUGCACCACAGUACAUCAGCACAAAAGCAGCAGCAGCAGCAGCAGCAGCAGCAGCAGCAGCAGUACCAUCAGUACCAAGAACAGUACUAUCAACAGCAGCAGCAGCAGCAGCAGCACCAGCAGCAGUAUCAAGACUACCAGCAGCAACUACAAUAUCAGCAACAUCAACAACAACAGUAUCAUCAACAGCCAGAUUAUCAGCAACAAAAAAUGUAUCAAAAUGUGCAAUCAUUAAAUCAGCAACAACACUUCCAACAACAUCAAGUGCAGCAGUAUUCACAACAUAUGAAUGGCAUUUUCGAUCAGCAAAUCAACGAAAUGCAGCCAUCAGUCACAAAUAGGAGUGCCAAACCAUUCUCAGUUCAAAAUAAAGCAGCUACUCCAUUUUCCUCCUCAUCGAUUUCAGAGAGUCAAGAACAAACUGGGUAUUCAUUUGGACAAGGUGAACAGAUUGCGUCCCGUGAUGAGCGUAUUUCUGUGCCUGCUAUUAAGACCGGAAUUUUGCAAGAUACAAGGAGGAGGAAUGCCAAUAAACCUAUGUUUACUUUCAAACAGUCUCCCAAGGUCUCCCCCAAUCCUGUGCUGUUAAAUCUCCUUAACAAGAAUGACAAAAAGGCAGGUUUUGAGUCUGGCCCUGAUGAAGAUUAUCUAAGCUUAGGAGCUGAAGCAUGCAACUUCCUUCAGUCUCCAAAGAUAAAGCACAAAAUUCCACCACCGGUUGCUCCUAAACCUCAUAUAAAUUCAGCCUCUCCCCCCUGGUCUGUUCAACCAGAAACUACUGGUCAUCUGAUUCCACAGCAAACUGAAAACAAUGGACCAGCAUCCGCUGAAGCUCCAGCCACUGAGGCUGAUGCCACUAUUGCCCCUGUCCCUGAAAUGGUUGCCCCAACCAUGUCAGAGCAAGAACCUUCACCUUCAAUUGCACCUGAAUCCCAGGAUGUUCCGCUCUGUCCGGAACAACCUGCUCCAGAUAAUGCAUGGAAACAACCAGUAUCUCCAGUGGAACCAAACCAGCAACCAGUGAUCUGGAACGAGAAACAACCCCAGCUGCAUAUGAAUUCAGCUCAUCCUGCUGCUCUUCCUCCUGCAAAUGCCCAGUUAGAUCAAUCUACCAGAACAUGGGAACCAGCUCCAAGUAAAUGUUAUCAGCAGCCACCAGUAAGUGCCUGGGAUCCAACUGAAAUGCAAACUCAAGUCCCAUCUCAAAACCAAUCUGAAGUACAACCAUCAUGGAUGUCACAUGCUCAAAGUAUUUCAGAAGUACAUUUGCAAACACCUACUAAAACACAACCCCAACCCACUUGGGUAACACAAACUUCCCUCCCACCUAAAAAUCAACCACAGCCUCAAACCCAGCCCCAAUCUCAUAUGAGUUCUUGGACACCAGUUCCAAAUCAGUCAACACCACAACCCCCAUGGUCUCUGCCACAUGAGCCAGCACAACCACCUAUCAGUGUCUGGCAUAAAGAUCACAAUCAAACUCAGGGACAGCCAACCUGGGUCCAACAACAACAGUUCCAAGAAUCUCAGGUAAUGCAACCUUGGGCAUCAACCCCUCAACAACAACCACAACCUCCCUGGGCCCAUCCUCAGAGCCAGCCUCAGAGCCAGCCACAGCCCCAGCCACCUUGGAUUUCUCAGCCUAAACAGCAAGAACCAACACAGCCACCUGCAAAUGCAUGGACCCAACCACAGAGUUUAGUUCAAGUGCAGCCUCCUUGGGCUCAACAGACUCAAAUACCACUUCAGCCCUCAGCACAAAUGGAGCAUCCCAUGAAUACUUGGGCACCAAUGUCUGCCCAGUCCCAACCACAGCCACCAUGGGCACAACAGCCUGUUUCUCCACAGCAUCCUCAACAAAUGAACUCUUGGACACCUGAGCAAAAUCAUAUUCAGGCAUCCCGGGAACAGCAACCAACUCAGGCUCAGGUGCAACCUCCCUGGGCACAGCAAACUCAGCAGCAGACAUCACAGCCACCUGUGAGCCAGUGGGCAUCACUGCAAUCUCAGUCUCAGCCAGGUGUAAAUGCAUGGGUACCCAAAGCUGAGACCCAGAAGUUCUCUCCCCAACCAAUCAAGCCAUUGAGCCCACCUCAGUCUGCUCAGCCCACUCCUCCAAGACGAAUGAACUCAUAUACAUCUGGGACAAAGGCACCAUCCCCUACUCCACCUAGCAGUACUAUGUCUGGUUUUGGUUCGGCUUUCGAGAUGCCUGCCUUGAGGGGAAAAGGAGCUGAACUGUUUGCCAAGAGGCAAUCUAGGAUGGAGAAGUACAUUGUGGAUUCAACCACAGUACAGGCAAAUAAGGUGCUUAGGAGCUCAUCCUUGUCACCACCUGUUAGACUUUCAUCAGUGGGCUUCACCCCCAGGUCUGUGUCAUCUUCUCCAUCACCCAGACCUGCACCACAUGCUGUUUCCUUUCGGCCACCAGUUGGGCAGACUGGCCGGCUGGACAGGGGUCACAAGCCCCUCACCCCCUGGGAAGCUGCCUCACGCCACCCAUUUGGCCUGGUGGAUGCAGCCUUUGCAUUCCUGGACCUGCCGCAGUCUAUUGCUUCCAACCUGCAUUAUGCUGCACAGAGUAAACUUUUACCUGAACCCCCCGCAGAGUGGAAGGCAAAGGUUGCAUAUCAACCUCCGCCAAAGAACCUUAAAGAGAGUUUGAGUCAGUCACCCUUGUCUUUUCUGUCGCCAACCAAGAGCACAGUAUCUGCACCACCUGGUCCCAUCCCAUAUGGGUCAACAUUCAGACAGGGCCAACCCCAGAGGUCCCUAACAGAGACUAAUCUGGGGUCCUCACAGGGUGAUCAGAAGGACAUGGGGCCUCACAGAUUGGGACUCUGUAAAGCCAAAGAUAGCAGCACAUGGAGAAUCGGAUUUUGAAGGCAGUGAAAGUGAAAUGAAAUGAGAAUGGGUUUGUUUUUGAAAGUAUAAGUAAUUGCAAAGGGUUUCUUAAAGGGAUAGGCAUAGUUCACUGCAAAAAUGAAAAUUCUGUCAUUUACUCACCCUCAUGUUAUUCCAAACCCAUACUGUAUGACUGUAUGUUAGGGACUGACAGCCUCAGUCACCAUUCACAUUCUUUUUUCCAUACAAUGAAAGUAAAUGGUGACUGAGGCUAACAUUCUGCCUAACCUCUCCUUUUCCACGGAGGAAAGAAAGUCAUACAGGUUUCCAACAACAUGAGGAUGUAUGGAAGCCCAUUUCCAUCACAUAAAAAAAUAAAUUAAAAAAUUGUGCUUUGGUAAAUAUAAAUUAUGCAAUACAAAGUCAUAAUUUUAUGAUAAAAAGUCACAACUAUGAGAUUACAAAGUAUAAUUAUGAGAUAAAAAAGUCAAUGUUGAAAUAAAAAGUCAAAAUUUUGAGAUACAAAGUCAUCGUUUUGAGAUAAAAUGUCAUAAUUAUGUGAUACUAAAUGAAAAUUAUGAGAUGAAAGUCAUGUUUAUGAUGCUAAGUCAAAAUUAUGAGUCAUGAUUAUGAGAUAAAAAGUAAUAAUUAUGAGAUAAAAAGUCAAAAUUAUGAGACAAAAAUUUCUCAUAAUAAUGAUUUAUUAUCUCAUAAUUAUGAUUUAGUAUUUCAAAAUUAUGGUUUAGCAUCUCAUUAUUAUGAUUUAGCAUAUCCAAACUAUGAAUUCAUAUCUCAAAAUUAUUACUUAGUAUUUCAUAAUUAUGAAUUUUUCUCUCAAAAUUAUGACUUUGUAUAUCAUAAUUUUGAUUUCCCAUAGAGCUUUUUUUAUGAGGCAGAAAUGUGCUUCCAUAAAUAGGAGUAAAUGAUAACAUAUUUUUUUAUUUUUAGGUGAAAUAUCCAUUUAAGCUAAAAUUCUUUUGAUGAAGUCAGCUACUGUUAAACAUAAAGAUUUGAACAGUUAUGUUGCAAAACAAGGAUCAGUGAAAAGUUAGAAAAAAGAAUUUCAAGAUUAAAUCAGAGGGUUAGUGCUUGUUUAUGGAACUUAACAACAAUCGCUCAUUCGAUUGAUAAAUAUAUGCAUCACACUUUCAGUUUUCAGUGUUGUACUAAUGAAUAUGGCAAAAUGAUGGAUGACAGUAAACACAUGUAAAAACAAAUUAUUAUCUUUUUGAAUUACAAUUUCAGACAUUUCAACUAGGUCUGCAUUUAAUUAGCUUUAUUUAUGCCAUUCCCUGUUGCCCCAGACUCAGAUUCAAUUAAAUUCACUUGGAUUCACUUAAAAUAAGAUGUACUAUUUGCUAAUAAAUGCAAGAAACUGUCAUGUACCAAACAUUCUUAAAUUUCCUAUUAUUGCUACAAAAUGAAUUUAGUCUGUGAGUAAUUUUGUACACAUAAGCUAUUGCUAUAGGGUUCACGUAUGUGAUUGUGUAACACAAAGAUGCAUGCUCUAAAUGCACAGUUUGCUCAUCAGUAGCUAAUAUGUGAAAUCUGAGUAGGAAUUUACUUAUAUUUCGUUCUUCAAUGACAGACUAUUUCUGCAGUUCGCAUCUUUGUCAAGUAUUUUGUAAAAUGUUGAUCUGGAUACUAAAGGAUAUUUGUUGACUUGAUUUGCAAAGUGUAUGGUCUGAGACAAUGGGAAGCAAUUGUUUUUUGCUUUAAACUGAUUUUGAUCAAAUAGUUCAGUAUUACAGUAAUUAAUGUAAGCAUUAUAAAUGCAUAUGUAAUUUUUUUUUUUCAUUCUACAGCUCCACUCUCUGUGUAUGUCUGACACAAGACCAUGCUUUUCACUUCUAUUAAAGUAACAUGUUUAAAACUC